AUGUUAAAUAUUGAUAUUAGUUGUAACGAAAAUUUUAAUAUCUCUCAAAAUACUACAUCUGAGAUACCCAAGGAAACUGAGUAUAUAACUACUACAACUACUGAUGAAUCUAUGAAUCUAUUUAGCAACGAUGCCACACUUUAUUGUCAUCCCAACCAAAUGGUUAAUGUUGUUGGUGCGAGUACUUCUGGAAAUCCAAUUAAUGAAGAGAACCCAAACCACAAACUAUCCACCGAAGUGCUUAAAAAUGUAUCGAAUAUUUCUCCUCUUCUUGGUACUGAAAAUAAAUGUAAUUUGUCAGAAGUGCUUAAAAAUGUAUCGAAUAUUUCUCCUCUUCUUGGUACUGAAAAUAAUAAUAUAGAUGCUUCUGAUGGAACAGUUUUAAUAGAUGCAACGAUUAAUACAGAUGGCACUUUAGACAGUAAUGAUGAACCAUCCACUUUAUAUUCUAAUAUUUGUUCUCCAACUCCACAAGAUAACAUUCCAGAUCAUAACUAUGCCAUAGAUGAGUUUUUAAGCCCCAGAUCAAGUCGUGAACCUACAAUGCAAACAAAUAGAAAAAAAAGACGAGUUCAGAGUGAACAAGAAAGUAUUGCUGGUAUGACAAAAGCUGUAGCGAUUCUUGUACAAACCUACAGAAAAAGCAAAGAAGUACUAACAGAAAAACCCCAAACGCCUGAUGCAACUGACAAUUUAUUUCAGUUCUGCGCAGCUAGAGUAAAACAAAUUAUAUGUUCAAUAGUCCCAACAAAUGUGGAAACAAAAGUUAGUUUUGUAAGCAAAAGUACCUUCCUACCUAGCAAUCAACAUAUUUUCAGAAUAUAA